UUCAAACCUACCAUGUCAAAUAACAAAGAAAUUACUAGUGGGUGAGGCAUCAGUGUAAAUUUCAUCUCAACUUGCCAAACGUGGAUCAAAAUGGCGCUAGUUCAGUCAGUAAAGAAGAGGUUUCGCACUUAUGACUACUCUGAAGAAGAAAUACAAAUAAUAAAGAGUGGAUCCAUAAAACAUAGCACCACACUAUCAGCCAAACACAGCAAUGAUGCUACACAGCGGAUCAAAGAUAACAUGUACGACAGUAUCCGACUAGAAGUAAAUGCUUUAGGAGUGGCAGAGAGGAGCUUGCAGAGCAUCAAGGAUAAGUGGCAGGCUCUCAAGAAGAACGUAAAAGAGAAAGUUGCCGCCGGUACACGCUUACAAGGGAAGGAACGUGAAAAGACAGGAGGGGAAAAUCCCACACUAGAUGACCCAGACGUGUUUGAUUGUCUAAAUGAUGACGAAAAAGAGAUUCUUCAAGUCAUCCCAUCCGAACAAAUAACAGGUAGGGGUAUUAGUUUUACUUGAUUUCUCAAAUGAUGUCAUGUUAAUCAGAGGCGGCGAUACAUAUUAUGUAGCAUCCAUGUGUGGUAACGUAGCACUGCGAAUUCCUUCUAAGCGUGUCAAAAUCAACAAUUAUAUACAUUACCAGUUACAGCGCAUAGCUUGUUGAUUUCGGAUGGUGAUUGACGCGCUUUCAACUUCUAGGUUUAAAGAACUUUUGAUAUUUUAUUUUCAUCACAUUGUAUAAAUAUAAUUCAAUCAAGGGGUUGGGCUAAAAAAAUUAAGAAGGGGCUUCACCUAGCCCCCCCCCAACCGAAUACCACCUAUACUGUCAACAGUGCAAAGCCCACAUAAGUCCCUAAAUAAAAUAACUCUAGUUUAAACUUUCGAAGAUGGGUUUAAUAUUAAUUGUUAAAUAAUUUAUGGGUAAGACUUUUGUAGGCUUAUAAGUUCUUUAUCAUUAUAU